AUGACCGCCCCCAACACAUUAGAUUUUUCGACCUUCCAUAAUGUGAUCAAUAAUCAAUUGACCACGACAUCGGAAACUCGGCAUGGGAUCAACCCUGCCAACACUGAGCCUAAUCCACCCGUACCUGUUUCUACCCAGGAUGAUCUUGACAAGGCUGUGAAGGCGGCUCAAGAUGCUUUCAAGGGCUGGGCCAAGACCUCUUUUGAAGAGCGACGUAAAGCUCUGCAUGCCUGGGCCGAUGCCAUCGAAGCUAAUGCCGAUGGAUUCGCACAAACCCUCACAAUGGAACAAGGAAAGCCAUUGACUCAAGCAUCUGCGGAGGUAGGUAUGGCAGGUACAUGGAUCCGCGGCCUUGCUGCUAUUGAGAUUCCCGAAAAUGUCAUCGAGGAAACCGAAGAUAGGAAGAUUGUUCAGCGCUAUACACCCAUCGGCGUGGUGGGCGCCAUUGUCCCCUGGAAUUUCCCUGUCCUUCUGGCCGUCGGCAAAAUCGCCUCUGCUAUAUACACCGGAAACCCCAUUAUUGUGAAGCCGUCUCCUUUCACGCCUUAUUGCGGCUUGAAGUUGGUUGAGCUUGCCUCUAAAUUCCUCCCUCCUGGCGUGAUACAAUGCCUGAGCGGCGAUGAAUCCCUCGGCCCAUUGUUCACUGCUCACCCUGGAAUUGAAAAGAUCAGCUUUACUGGGUCGAUUACGACUGGAAAGCGCGUUAUGGCUGCAUGUGCUGCCUCUCUCAAGCGAGUUACACUCGAGCUGGGCGGCAAUGACCCGGCAAUUAUAUGCGACGAUGUUGAUAUCGAUGCUGUUAUUCCCAAGGUUGGGGUCCUGUCAUAUCUCUGCAGCUCGCAGAUCUGCAUGAUGAUCAAACGACUUUAUGUGCACGAGAAGAUCUAUGAUGAGUUCUUGGAAAAAUUAGUCGCGUUUGUGAAGACACUGAAAGUCGGCAAUGGCACAGAGGCAGAUACCUUCUUCGGCCCCGUUCAAAAUCAGAUGCAAUAUGAGAAAGCCAAAGACCUGCUCAGCAGCAUUGGUACUGAAAACCUGAAAACUGCGCUUGGAGGCUCGAUCGAGAGCUCUUCUGGGUACUACAUCCAUCCUACCAUUAUCGAUAAUCCCCCCGAGACAUCGCGCGUGGUACAGGAAGAGCCGUUUGCUCCCAUCCUGCCUGUUAUGAAAUGGUCUGACGAGGACGAGGUCCUUGAGCGUGCGAAUGCACUAGACACCGGAUUGGGUUCUUCUGUCUGGAGUAAGGAUUUCGAACGCGCAACUCGCAUGGCAGAUCAACUCCAGUCCGGUAUUGUGUGGGUAAACAGCCACUUUGAUGUGGCGCCGAAUGCACCCUUUGGUGGCCACAAGCAGAGUGGCAUGGGUGUGGAAUGGGGUCUUGAAGGCCUGCUUGGUUACUGCAAUUCGCAGACUCUGUGGCUGAAAAAGACUGUCUAG